CGUUAUACCUAGUUAAAAUGUCGGGAAAGUCAUCAGAAAAACAUAUAUCGUCUACGGCGCAGUUUAUUAUCGCUGGAUUAUCUGGAAUGGGAUCAUCCGGUAUGGUCCAUCCGUUGGACGUUCUCAAGUUCCGCAUGCAGCUCAGUGGCGAAGGGGGUUCGACCAAGGAUCAUAAGAAUUCGUUACAAGCCAUAAAGAACAUUUUGAAAAAUGAAAGUAUUUCAGGCUUUUACAAGGGACUAUCGGCUAAUUUGACCAGACAAGUAGUGUACACGUCCACGAGAAUUGGCGCCUACAAUACCAUUUCGGACGAAUUGAAACAGCGAGGUUACACAGGUUUCUUCUAUCAGAUAAUAAACAGUUGCUCGACAGGAGCGUUUGCCGCUAUGAUAUCUACUCCAGCCGACGUGGCUGUUGUUCGAAUGACGGCUGAUGGUCGAUUACCACCGGAUCAAAGGCGCAACUACAAACACGUGUUCGACGCACUCUCAAGGAUCGGCAAGGAUGAAGGAAUCGCUGGACUUUGGCGGGGAACAGUACCAACCGUGUCCAGGGCAAUGGUAGCCAACGUUACGCAGUUGAUGUCUUAUGAUCAUGCUAAAUCGUACUUGUCGGAAAAAAAGGGUAUGAAAGACGGAUUAGGUCUUCACACGGCUUCUAGCAUGGUAUCCGGAGCAGUGUAUGCCGUGUGUUCUUGUCCGAUGGAUGUACUCAAAACGAGAAUUCAGCAACAAAAAUACGUCGACGGCAAAGGCGAAUACUCAGGUAUGGUUGACGCUGCUCAUAAACUAAUAAAACAAGAAGGAGUGACGGCUUUGUGGAAAGGGUUACCAUUUUAUUAUUUGCGAAUAGCGCCGGCUACCGUGUUGCUGUUUAUCUAUAUGGAAACGCUUACUUCCGCAUACAGAAAAUAUUUCUAA